UCAAGUUUAUCCUCACUGCAAAACAGUUCUCCUCUCCUGAUACCAUGAGCUACUACAGUGGCUACUCCGGAAGCCUGGGCUACGGCUAUGGUGGCUUUGGAGGCCUGGGCUGUGGAUGUAACAGCAUCCGCAGACUGGGCUGUGGCUGUGGCUCUGGAAGCUAUGGAUAUGGCUCUGGCUUCGGAGGCUUCGGAGGCUUCGGAUAUGGCUCUGGCUUUGGAGGCUACGGAUACGGCUCUGGCUACGGAGGCUAUGGAUAUGGCUGUGGCCGCCCUUCAUGCUGUGGAGGAUAUGGUUUCUCCAGCUUCUACUGAGUGAACUGCUGAUCUUCAGACUAUCAUCAUUAUUUUGUCCAUCUUUAGAGAGGAAAACACUCUCUUUGUUAUAGAGAAGACAUCUAUGGCUUAUUGAACUCCUGCUCUGGAAAGAACUGGCUUUCAAUUACUCUGGAAGAAUCUAUAAUCUUCCCAUCGAAUUUAUGGCUUCAUUUGUUAUAUUCAGUCAAUAACAUUGUUACAGAUGUGCAUGAUCUAUAUUUUAAAAUCAUCAUUAAUAAACAUGUUUAACU